AGUGCAUGAUCCACUUUUCUCCAUUUUUAUGUGCAGAAACAAGAACAAAUAUGCAGGCCUGGAUGAGCUCUCUGCUUUUUGCACAGCGAUGGAAGGUGUGGAACUGGUUAAUGGUUUGGAAUGCAAGAUAGCUUGCAACUCUUACAAGAUUUCUUAUGUGUUGGACACAGAAGAUUUCUUCUUGCGUAACAGCAGAAAGUCAUCAAAAGGCAGCAGAUCUUCAUAUAAUAAUCAGGCAAGAGUACAACGGUUCCACCAGUUCUUAUCAGCUUCACAAUAAUCAACAUCCCAUCUCUGGAACUGGCACACAAGUCAUUGCUGCUGCCAAACCCAGAAAUGCAUUGAAGAGUCAGUGUCCCGGUAUGUUUGUAGUUUAUUCUAGUUCGUCAAAUGAGAACUUCAAGAAGAGGAUAGUUAGGGAAAUGUAUGUUGAAUAUCUGAAAGUUCACAUGAGGCCAGCAUCUGAGCCAUUGAUGUGUAAAUAGGGUUAUUGCAUGACAUUUUGUAAAAAAAGAAAUGUGUUCUUGUUAAUGUAGUCACAGAUGGGUGCUGCAUUCUCCCUUUGCCCCAAUUUGGGGCUCACAGUUUGCAGCUCUAAUUUACAGUUGAACUUACCUCCUCAGUAUGUAAGCAAAGGAACUUGAUCAAAAUAGUUGUGACAGAACUCAUUAGGUUCUUACAUUUUAUCUCAUUGAUUUCUCCAUGAUUUUUUUUUUUUUUUUUUAAAUAAGGGUAAUUUUUUUAG